AUCCAAGGAGGUCCCCAUUGGAUUUGCCUAUCAUUCUAAUAAGCAAAAGCUAUAAUGGAUGAUCAACGGCGGAGUUGUUUGUGUUGUGCUAUUGUUCUGGUUUUAACAUCUCUCAUGUGUUCCUCGUCCUUCCACUCGGUGAAUGCCCAGCUUGUGGUUUAUCCAAUUGCCAAUGUGUCCACUUCAUGGACCAUUAACGAUCCCCUACGGGUCUUCAAAGCUUCGGACUUUUUUUGGAGACCAAUCCUUUUUCGAAGAGGCCUUCGAUCGCGUUUUUCUCUCGCCUUCUGCUGCGAUUUUGCAUACACUGCCUGCAUCGUUGGUGUCCUCAUCCAAAAAAAAAACUUCCCUUGAACAAGAUGAAAUAGCAGAUGCCCCGCAACUAGUUUGGUCGGCUAAUAGAAACCAUCCUGUAAAACUUAACGCAACCUUGCAACUCACUCAGGAUGGAAACUUGACUUUGGCAGACUCCGAUGGCACUUCUGUCUGGUCUACAUACACUGGCGGAGGAAAUUACUCUGUCGCAGGCUUAAACUUGACUGAAGAUGGAAAUCUGGUCCUCUUUGAUCGAAACAAUGCAAUGGUUUGGCAGUCUUUCCAUCACCCAACUGACUCCUUACUUGUUGGCCAGGGUUUGGUUCUUGGGCAGAAGCUCACCUCCAGCACAUCAGCAUCAAACUGGAGUCAAGCUCAGUUCAUAAGGUUGGAUCCUGAUGGGCAUUUGAGGGCUUAUGAGUGGGAUGGAUCGAAUUGGAAUAUGGUGGCUGAUCUGCUGACAUCAGAUAUUGGUGACUGUGGUUAUCCAAUGGCGUGUGGCAAUUACGGCAUUUGUUCUUCAAAUGGACAGUGCGGUUGUCCUGAUGAAGCCACUAGCAACACUUUCAGGCAAAUAAAUAGUAAGCUACCCAACCUUGGAUGUUCCCUUGUUACACCCAUUUCUUGUAACAAUUCUCAAUAUCAAACCUUUUUGGAGCUUAAGAAUACAAGUUACUUUUUCUCUAACUCAGAACUCACAAACAGAUACUACUUGAAUGAACAAACAGAGUUAGAGGAUUGCAAAAAGAGUUGCUUGAAAAACUGUUCAUGCAAAGCCGUUUAUGAUUUGAGGAAUAUUUCAAAUAAAGGUUGCUUUUUACUGUCGGAAGCAUUUUCUCUCAUAAAUAAUGAGGGAAGGGAUGAGAACGUCACUGUAUUUCUUAAAGUGCAGAAAUCUCUGACUGCACAAUAUCCUAUUCCUUCACAAACAAAUUCUCCUCAAAAGAAAUCACAAGUCACGAUCAUACUGGGUUCCAGUUUUGGAGCUUUCUUUGGUGUAUUUUUAGUGGUUGCCUCUUGCAUUUUCCUUUUCAAAAAGAAACGAGAGUUUGAGGAUUUUGAUGAGUUCUCUGUGGAUCAAGUACCGGGGAUGCCUACCAAAUUCUCUUACGAAGAAUUGAGAGCCAUGACAAACAAUUUCAAUCAUAAACUUGGGGAAGGAGGAUUUGGGUUAGUGUUUCAAGGGACAUUAAGCGAUGGCACUAACGUAGCAGUGAAGCGCCUCAAUGGUUUUGGUCAAGUUAAGAAGUCAUUCUUAGCUGAAGUUGAGACAAUAGGCAGCAUUCACCAUGUUAAUUUGGUGAGAUUAAUUGGAUUUUGUGCUGAAAAAUCAUAUCGGCUUCUAGUUUAUGAGUACAUGUUCAAUGGAUCCUUGGAUAAAUGGAUCUUCCAAAGGCACCAAGAGCUCACACUUGGGUGGCAAUCCAGAAGGAAGAUCAUCAUGGAUAUAGCCAAGGGUCUAGCCUAUCUCCAUGAAGAUUGCAGACAAAAAAUAUUUCACUUGGAUAUCAAACCCCAAAACAUCCUCUUAGAUGAAUACUGCAAUGCGAAAAUUUCUGAUUUUGGUUUGUCAAAACUAAUUGAUAAGGACCAAAGCCAAGUUGUAACAACUUUGAGGGGAACACCAGGCUAUUUGGCUCCCGAAUGGUUGAACUCAAUUAUCACCAAGAAAGUAGAUGUCUAUAGCUUUGGUGUCGUGGUCUUGGAAAUGUUGUGUGGGCGGAAAAAUUUGGACUGGUCUCAGCCUGAAGAAGAUAUGCAUUUACUUAGUCUAUUUAAAAGGAAAGCAGAAGAGGAACGAUUGAACGAUAUUGUCGAUAAAUGUAAUGAUGAAAUGCAAUUACAUGGGGCGGAAGUUGUGGAGAUGAUGAGGGUUGCUGUGUGGUGUCUACAAAGUGAUUUUUCCAGGAGGCCUUCCAUGUCAGGGGUGGUUAAGGUCUUGGAGGGUUCCGUUGAUGUUGAAAACAACUUGGAUUAUAACUUCACAAAUCCGGCGAUACCAAGAUCAAUUGCAGCUGCAGGUCAACAAGAGCAUGCCACUGGUGCUGCUACUACUCUAUUGUUUCCAUCAGCUCUUUCUGGACCGAGGUAAAGAAAUGAGACUUCAACGAACAAUUUUUUGCAGAUUGCUUAAGGCAAUAAUAUUUUGUCGUUACACUUUUUUUGAUAUUGAGAAAUUAGUGUCAUAGAUAUGUUUGUUUGAUGUCAUGUGCUUUUGUCAUUUAUCAGAAAUCCACCCUACCAUCUUAUCUUGUGAGAAUAAGGUAGCCAGGUUUUGAGUAUGAGAAACUGCAAGCAGCUUGGAUACAUCAUUAAUUGUAUUAGUGAAUGCAAAUAAAGAGUUGGAAAUGUUCCCCAGCUAAGAAUGAGAUAAUAUGUCAUGAAUGAGUGCAAUUUUAAAAUUUCGACA